GCUGCCAUCAUCAAUCGCCAACAUCGACAUCUAGCAUAGACUUUAAUACAAAUACCGAGACAUCAUCGACGCCAAAUAGCACCUCGCCACCACCAACGCGCACCAUGUUCACGGAACAGGCGGUGGUGCAUGCCUCUCAGUCAAUGACAUCGUUGACAAUGAAUAUGACCACAAAUACCAAUAAUACGUCAGUAGGUUCACCCAGUCAUCAGCAUCAUCACCAUUACAAUGACUUAAAGGGAUCAUCCAUUAACCAUGCAAAUAUAAAUCACAAAACAACAACACAAUCUCAGACUCUCCAACAACAACAACAACACAAUGCAUUCGCCUCACACUCCCAUGUCCAUCAUUCUCAUGCACACACUCAUGCUCCACCCUCAAUUCAUCAACAACAACAACAAUUAAAUUAUGCCGCCAAACAACAUUCGUACACCUUACCAUCCUCCUUACCGACCACAACGACAAUGGAGAGCACAACAACAACAACAUCGUCCAUGUUUGAUAUAUCCAACAAUUUCAAUUCCAACAUUGAACACUGUUCAUGUGGCCUUUCCUUUAAAGUCGAUCGAAAUACAAAUAAUCUUGCAAUGAUGGGUACCACUUCGACAUCUCUGUUGAGUUUAAAUAAUCAACAUUAUCAGUAUAACAACGAUAACAGUACCACACGUUCACUGGAAACCAGUAGCUCCGUUGCUCUGCUCGACAGUAGUCAGAGGCAAUCGUACUUGAGUAAAUCGCAUCACCAUAAGCCGCAGCAUGCUCGACAUUGUCAUCAUAGGCGUCACGAUUCACACGAUUAUGCUGUGCCACAUUUGAUGCAAUACCAACCAACUGAACCGCCCGAAAUUCAUACACAUGAAUAUUUUUCUCAGGAGUCCCAGGAAUCGCUGACAACCAAUACGGCCACAAUGGCUUUUAGUCCUCAUGCUACUACUACGCAGCCACAGCAACAGCAACAACAACAGCAGCCGCAGCCUCAUAGUUGUCAUCGUCAUUCACAUGUCCAUGCCCAAACGGAUUUUAGCUAUGGCCAGCGAUGACAUGCUUCCAAAUGAGAAAUAUAUAUCCCCAUAUGGGCCUAACAACAGGGACCCACUUUCAUUUGCAAUUUGUAUGUGAUUUAUCUAUUAUUGAUCUAGAUAAUCUAAUUUUGUAUGACUCGGUGAAAGAUUGGGAUCUGUUAAGGCAAUCAUUGCCCCAAACUCCUAUAACUCAUUAGGUAAAGCGGAAUUUUUGUCGAAUAGCAUGGGUCAUGCCGUUAAAAAGUCUGCAAGUUUCCCACCUUCAAAUUGCAAAUCGCUUAGAAUGGUUGGACUAAACGUAACAGAAAUUUGUUGAUCACAAUCUGAAGCUAUAAAAGAACUGAUAUAUAGUUCUUUUCUGACUAAGUCAUAGAAAGAAGAAAUUGUUCUGAAGAACUAUGCUCUUGGAGUUUAGAAUUCAUUUUGUUUGUGCCGUCAAAAACAUAUUCGAUUUUCAAUAAAAGGCUUUUCCAUUUCCCUUGGAAACCCAAAUCAAAAGUCAAUACCAAGGCCUGUCUAAAUUUGUGCUGGGUCACAGUUAAUUUAUUGAAUUUAAUUUAUAAAUCAUUGUAUGUAUACAAAUUGUGUAAUGAAUAAAUAUAUAUUUUUUAGUUUUUAUUUAAAUUUUAAUCCAGUAUCUUACAAGUUUGUCACAUAUGACAGUACGACACAGAUAUAAGAUAUUCUAAUGGCCCAAGCAAUUUAAAAAACUAUGGUUGGGAAGCCACCUCUUGAAAAUGUUUCAAAAUAUUUUUACAUUUGGUCAUAGCGCCCUUAUGACGGUCUCAUUCAAUUCUAAAUCUCCAAAAAAAAUUCCAGGUAGUUUUACAUCUCUGUAAAUUAUGUCUGAUUUUUGCAAAAAAAAAUGCAAGCUAAAUCCUACUUGAGCUACAUGUAACGUGAACAAUCCUUGCUGGGUAAUAUGGCGGUUGCUGUGUAUCGUUGUUGCUACCACAUCGUGUGGUAAAAAGUAAUUUAAGAUGUUGCUUUGCCAUCGUCUUACAAUCGUGCAAUCGUCAUUUGGUCCAUGUAAAAAUAGUUCAUUACCAAAACCACCAACUGAUCUAUAUAUCAUGAGGAAUAUCUUCUUAUAGAAGCGAAGGUAUGAUUGAUUUAAGAAAUUUUGAAUGGACCUAGCCAGGAGAGUCAGAAAUGAUCUUAAUUUAAAAGUGCCAAACUAUUAAAUGUCAUUUGAUACGGCCAAAAAGUACCACGUAAAACCAUAGAUCUUUUAGGACGAAUUCUGUUUUCGAAGAUUAGGAAUAGAUCUAGAGGUGUUCGUCCGACUGGCUGAUAUGCAAAAGAAUUCUCAAAGGGGUUAUCCAAAUUUUGUACAUCAGUAUAAUAUGGUUAAACUUAAAUCGAGUUAUGAGAUGGACAAUAUAAGUCCACUCCUUAUGGUACCUCUCACACAAAACGUCUAAAUUUUCAACAGAAAGUGAUUAUCCAAUUUUUAAAAUGACAAGUGUACAUAUACAAAUAUACAAUAUCCUUGAGGUAACUUCCAUACAAAUGGUCAAAAUUUUGAUAAAGUAAACUUAAACAAGUAAAAAAGAAAUUAAGUUCGGCCGACCCUUCACCACUUGAAAAGUAACUUAAAAACAAGUAAAAAAGCUGUAAGCUCGAGCGGGCCUAUCUUUGAAUACCCUCCACCAUUUGGAACGAUUUUGGAUAUUUUCAAAAAAAUUAAAACCCUUAAAAAUUCUGUUAAAAUCUUAAAAAUACCGAAUGUAGCCGUUAUAUUAGUGUCUAUACGACGACGUGGACCUGCAUAGGUAACUUUUGUCAUAAACCACUACAAUAUUCAAAUGCAAAACUUGAAAAAAUCGGUGAAAAAUCAUCGAAAUACCGAAUUUAGGGAGGAACUAUUAUAUGGGGGCUAUAACAAAACGUGGACAUGCACCGAUAAUUUUCUGUCAUAGGCUGUAAUACCCAUUACGAACCUCAAAUACCAAAUUUGAAACAUUUCCGGUGAAUCUAAAUACCGAAUUUUAAACAGCUUCUUUAAAAAUUAUGGCUAAAAUCAAAUGCUGUUUGCAGACGAAAGAUAGCAAAACGCAAAAUGCUUGAUUUCUAUCACAUGCGGUUUAAAGUCUGGCGUAAUUACAUAGGACGGACGAAAAAUUCUAAGCUAAAUAGUCUUAGAAUUUUACGCUGAUCAAGAAUAUAUAUACUUUGUUGGGUCAGAAAUGAUUAUUUCGAUGAAGAACUUGAUGAACCUUUUAUACAAUGUAUUAUUGAGGAGACAAAAUUGAAGCAUGCUUCUAGGCGCCAACAAAUUUAUUUUUUCUUUUUUAAUAAUAACAAAUUAUUUAUAUGAAUAAAAAACGAAACAAAUCAAAACGUGUAUUCCUAAAAUAAAACAAAAAAUAAUUUACAACGCAGCAACAAUUAUCAAAAUACCAAUGUUGUGAAACCAAUGACGUAUCGGAAAAAAUAUAUAUUAUGCGGCAAAAGAAAAUCUUUUUGCAAACAUGUUAACGAAAAACACCACAUUUUUAUAGCAAAAGAAAAACAAAAGCCACAUACGUAAUAAAAGCAAAAACAACAUUCAAAAAUUAAAAAAAAAAACUACCUUAGAAUUGAAAACUUUGUGCAAUGCAGGCAUUACUUUAUUGAAAUAAACUAUAUAACCAAACAAACAUGCAAUACAUAAACUAUAUUUAAAAAAAAAACAACAAAAUUUAAUAAUGUUUAUACACAUAAUUUUAUAAGAAUAACAUUUCAAAAGAAAAUAAAAAUAAAUACAAUUUUUGAAUAUUUCAAAUCAAAA